AUGAUAUUUGGCAUCAUUAGGAGGGAAAGACGAUAUAAACAUGUUAAUUAAUUGGAAUAUUAAGGCAGGGAAGGCUUUAUAUGGAACUCUAAAUAGAGAUCCUGUUAAUUUAAUCUAGUUUACCAUUAAUCAGAUGAAAAAAUGAUUUCAGUUUUAAAUACCGGAGUUUAGAUUUUAACAAUAGAUAAAUAAAAUAAAAAGGUAUGAUGUAUGCUUAUUUAAAGAUUCAAUCCUUUGAUGUUUAUUUUGGAGGUGUCAUAAGAACAUUUAAUUAUGUUGCAAUUCAUAACAAUGUUUAAUUUUUUUUUUGGAACAAAGACUGGUGA